AUGUUUCUUUCAAGGUCCGAGUAUGAUCGGGGGGUGAACACUUUUUCUCCGGAAGGACGUCUCUUUCAAGUUGAGUACGCUCUUGAAGCAAUUAAACUGGGGUCCACUGCGGUGGGCAUUCAGUGUGCGGACGGUGUCGUGCUCGCGGUCGAGAAGCGGGUGACGUCACCUCUGAUCGAACCGCGUUCCAUCGAGAAGAUCGUGGAGAUCGACACACACAUUUGCGCGACCAUGUCGGGUUUAACCGCUGAUGCGCGGACACUGGUGCAGCACGCGCGCACGGAGGCGCAGAACCACCGGUUCAACUACGAAGAGCCGAUGCCAGUCGAGUCUGUCGCUCAGGCGGUUUGUGACUUGGCGCUGCGCUUUGGCGAGUCGGGUUAUGGUGAAGACGAUGGCGAAGACGAGGAUGGUGGUGGGGGUGAUGGAAGCGGCCAACGGGGCCGGAACAACGCCCCGGUUAUGUCGCGCCCGUUUGGUGUUGCGCUUCUGCUCGCCGGCUGCGACGAACGCGGACCGGCGCUGUACACCACGGACCCCUCGGGCACGUAUACACGCUGGCUUGCGAAGGCUAUCGGCGCGGGUGGUGAGAGCGCUCAAGUCGUGCUUGAGGAGCGAUACCGAAGGGAUCUGUCGCUCGCCGAAGCCGAGGCAAUCGCACUCCAAGUCCUGCGUCAGGUCAUGGAGGAGAAGCUCGGCGCGAAGAAUAUUGAAAUGGCGCGAGUAGUGCCUGAUGGCAAGUCUGGUCGCUUUGAGCUUUACUCGAUGGAACGACUAAAGGCCUGUAUUGAGAGCAUGUCUAUGACGGACUCGCCGAGAUAG